AUGGAGAGGCAGAGCGCUCCCUUGGGAGACCUGGAGGUGAUUUACAGCCUGGGGAUUGUGGUGCUGAAGUUCAGAGCAUCCUUCACUCCUAAGGGCUGGGCUAACAAAGUCCACAGAGGGCAGCCACAGCAGCUUCGCAGCUAUAAAAAGAUGGCCUAUCACAAAGUGAGUGCAGACCAGAGGGCACAGGGGCACUCUCCAUACCUUGACAACGAUGAGCUCCAAGCCACGGCGUUGGAGCUGGAGUGGGACAUGGAAAAAGAGCUGGAGGAGCCUGGAUUUGACCAUUUCCGCCUGGACAGCGCAGCCCAGCAGCACCUGGGGAACUCCCAGAGCCCUGACCUCGACCUGGAGCCCAUCCAGCCUUCCUCUUCUCCAAAGGGAAGAUUCCAGAGGCUUCAGGAAGACCCUGACUACAUCUCCCACUACACCAGACAGCCAAAACCAAAGAGCAACCGCUGCAGCUUUUUUCGGAUACUGAAAGUAUUUUGCACUGCUUUGAUUUUAUUUAUUUUUGGAAUUGUGAUAGGAUAUUAUGCACGCAAGAAAUGCCCUUCUCCCCCAACAUCUCAAAAGCCAAAUAAUCUUCAUAUCUACCAUGAAAUUCUCAAGGAAAUCAAAGCUGAAAAUAUUCAAAAGAUUUACAGAGAUUUGUUAGAGUUCCCCAGAGAAGACGAUGCAGACAUUGCAAUGAAGAUCCUGGGUCAGUGGCAUUCCCAAGGCCUGGAAGAUGUCCAGCUGGUGAAUUACUCCGUUCUGCUCGACCUGCCAGGCCCUUCUUCAAACACUGUAACUCUGCAAAACAGCGGGGAAUGCUUUUAUCCAAGUGGACAACAGUGCAGCAGAGAGCCCAAAACACUUCACAGCCAAGACCUCCUGUACUCGUACGCAGCUUAUUCUGCCAAAGGAACUCUUGAGGCAGAGCUCGUUGAUGUCCAGUACGGGACCAUGGACGACCUGAUCCGGAUUCAAGCCAUCACAAACGUGACCAAAAAAAUUGCACUUUUGAAGCUUGGCCAAUCACCUUUGCUUUAUAAGCUUUCUCUGCUGGAAGAUGCAGGGUUUGGUGGUGUUCUCCUUUACACGGAUCCCUGUGACUUACCAAAGGCUGCAGACCUCGCUGACAAAGCUUUCAUGGUGUCCUUGAACAGCGGAGGAGAUCCAUCCACGCCUGGCUAUGCCAGUAUUGAUGGAAGCUACAGGCAAAAUCGACUGAACGUCACAACACUGCUGGUACAACCAAUUUCUGCAGUGCUUGCCAGAAAACUUGUUUCCCUGCCUGGGGAGGACACAGCCCAAAAAGACAGGUGUACACCUCUCCAGCUGCCAGCUGCAGGCAAAAAAAUAAUCAGUCUGAACAUUCAAUCUGUCACAACUUACAAGACAAUUUCUAAUGUCAUUGGAUAUCUAAAAGGAGCUGUAUUUCCUGACAGAUACGUCAUCGUUGGUAGCCAUCACAGCAGUCUGAAGGGUUAUGGUGGGCAAGGCUGGGCCAGCAGCACUGCUGUCACCACAGCCCUGCUCCAAGCCCUGAUGCCAAAGGUGAAGAAGGGCUGGAGGCCUGACAGGACCGUGCUCUUCUGCUCCUGGGGAGGAACAGCCUUGGGGAACAUCGGCUCCUACGAGUGGGCUGAGGAUUUCAGGAGCGUUCUUCAGAGAAAUGUUGUGGCCUACAUUAGCCUCCAUAAUCCAGUCACAGGCAACUCAACUUUACACCCCGUUGCAUCCCCUUCUCUUCAGCAGCUGGCAGCAGAGAGCCAGAGCUUCAACUGUGUGGAAAAGGCUAGAUGUCCAGGAUCCAAUGUGAGUUCUGUGCAGAUACAGGGAGAUUCAGAUUAUUUCAUCAACCACCUCGGAGUACCUGCCACGCAGUUUUCCUAUGAGGACAUCAAAGCAUCAGAGAACUCCAGCUUUCUCUCUGAAGCCCUUUUUCCUGUACAUGCAACAAAAACUGAAGAGCUGGAUCCCUCCUUCAGCCUGCAUGAGACCAUUGCAAAGCUAACAGGACAAGUGACUUUGCAAAUUGCCACUGAUCCGGUUUUGCCGUUCAAUGCCCUCGACAUCGCGUUAGAAGUUCAGAACAGUCUGAAAGGUGAUGAAGCAGGCGUCCCUCAGCUGCUGGCAGUGGCAGCACGUCUGAGGGACACGGCGGAGCUGUUCCAGUCGGACGAGAUGCGCCCGGCCAAUGACCCCGAGGAGCGAGCUCCUGUCAGAGUCAGGAUGCUCAAUGAUGUGCUGCAAGGCUUGGAGAAAAGCUUCCUGGUUCAUCAAGCUCCUCCAGGGCUUUACAGAAAUAUUCUUUACAGACUGGAUGACAGGACCAGCCAGUUUUCAGUACUGCUGGAGGCACUGGAGCACUGCAAACUACAUCAGUCAAAUGAGACUGUUCAAGCAGCCUUGUCAGAGGUGCUGAACAGCAUCAAUUCAGCUCAGGUUUACUUCAAAGCAGGACUUGAUGUGUUUGAGACUACCUUAGCUGGAAAGAAAUGAGAGGAUUCUCUGCAUUCUAAGACAUUUGUUUACAGCUCGCUAAACAAAAGUUUGACUUGGACCAGAAUUGUUCUGAGGAUCAAACCUUUCUCAGCCUUUCCUUCAGCUGGCUCUUAAAGGUACUGCAACACGUGGUUUCAGAAAUGUAAAACAGUAUUUUGCACUGUUCACAGUAUAUCUGAAAUGUCUGUUCCUGAAUGUAUGAAACCUAAAGAGACGGAAUAACACUUCAGAGAUGAUUUUUGGAAGGACAUCUGCUGUAUUUUUGUAUGUAAAAUACGUUUUUAUGACUAAGAGCUCAAUCAUGCAAAGUACCAAGCACGUCCUGUGAUGUGCUGAAGCCCUGGUUCUGAGACACCCCAGAUGUGCACCCAGGGGCCAUUUCCUCUGUCAGAAAAAUCUGGCACAAGUUUCUUAAUGUUUCCAGCAAGUUCAGCUUCUUCCUUACUCCGUUCAGAGUAAGUAGCUGAAGGAAGUGGUGUUUCCAUGGGUAUCCAGCACCGGAGUGGAAAUGCACUGCACACCUUUACGGGUGCAAUCCAACACCUUUACUCCUGUGGAACAAGAAAUACCUCAGUUCUGAGAAUACAGAUAAACUUUGAUUCUUCCAUUUCUGUAUGAAAAUAAAGAGUUGUUUUCUCUAAUGUUCCUUGGAGAGGAAAUUUUUGUGAUGAUUUCAAAUUAUUUGAAAAGUGUGAAUCGGUAAUUACACUUGCACAAAAAUGCUUUGAAUGUUUAUGUUAAAUGAAAGAACUGCCUAGUCCUUAUAAGGCUAGAGGCCUUUACAAAUUUUCACCAAACAUUCCCAAAACAUUUCACUUCAAGGUCUAUAAAUUUCCAGAGAGCUGGAAAUAAAAGCAAGGCCUCCAAGUCCUGGGAAGAGUUUUGGGAUUCCAUCGCUCUUUGCCAUCUACCAUUCCAGGCCAGAUCAUUCCAUAAGGAAUGAUGGAAUACAGGACCUGGAUCAUUGUCAAAAAAGCACAAGGAAAACAUACAUUCAUUCCCUGCUGUAGAACCAGGAAUUCAAGUGUGGAGGCACAAGCUGGUGAAGCAUAUUGCAGAGCUAAAAUGCAAAUGUGUUUUUCCAUUGGUAAAAGGAUCUAAUCACACCAUUGCCUGUUGGCCAAAGUAAUCUGUGAGAGAAAGAUCAGGAGGUUCAGUGUCCUCUAGGGGCAUGCUAUGCACAUUUGAGAACUCCAGAUUUUAGUAAUAUAAACAGUUGAAAUUGUUAAGCCCUAUUUGGGUUUUACAGUCUCAAACGAUUCUAGGUUUAGAGCUUAAAUAAUUAAUUUUAUAUAGAUACUUAGAAUUUAAAUAUAAUUUAUUUGAUGGAAAUGUUAAAUGUAUUGUUACCCAGUUUGCCAUGGAAACAUUACAGGAACAUUUCAGGUUGCAAUAAAAAUAGAAAAAGUGUCUGUAUUAAUGUUUAAAAAUUGCCUUCAGGAAAAUUUCUGAGUGCACAAUUUGGUGAGAAAUGUUUUGAAGUUCACAUAGCAAGAAAUGAGCUGUUUACAGAUCUGGGUUUCUGUUUCCAAAGUCCUUAGCAAAGGGGUCUCUCCAAGCCAUGGCCCAGGACUGGGCACACACAGCUAUGCUGUUUCUACAUUUCUUCACAGGUUAUGAUUGAACAGUGGGAAAAGCCCCCCGGGGCUGACCAGGGGCAGAGCUGUGCAGUUGUACAGCAGCACCAGGCAGUGGGACUGCAGGGACUCAGACAUCAUUAUCUCCUAGCUUUCCUUGGCAUCUGAUCAGCAAAAGUUGAUGAUGAUUAUUUUGCUAAUGCUGGCACCAGUUCUGUUUAGUGCAGAGAGAAUUUGACUUCUGGAGAGUGACAUUGUUUAUGAUGUAGAUUCACCCCCUUGUUUGCACAGUUUUUAUUAUUGUAAGAUAUAAGUGGUUGGAAUAUCCACAUUUGAAUUGUAUGUUUAUUUUUGGGACUUGGGGAUGUACUGUGGAUGCUACAAUUGAUUGUAUUUGUGACAGGGACCACUCUUGUAACAGUUCAUUAAUGACAUAAUUUCUUUUAGAGUGCUGUCUCACUGUGGAGCCUUCAAUGGUAUUGAGUGAUAAAGGGUCAGGUACCGUUAGGAGACCAAAAAGAGAGAUUAACACCUUUGUUAACUCUACCAGGUGAAUUUAAUAACUGCUUCCUCAUCCUUAGAAUGUUCCACCAAACCCACCUCUAAUGCAACCAAAGUGUACUCAGCAAAAUCAGUGAAAUCUGGUGGGACCAAUAUCCCUCAUGGAUGAUUUCUCAACCCUGUAAUUCCAAAAUAAAAUAUUUAUUUUGUUUUCUCACUAAUGUCCUUCUGUAACCACUUCUAAAAUAGCAGACUUCAAAGUAUUUCACUAGAAAAGCCCUGCUGUUGUAAAUGUGUGUCUGUUGUAGAGACAAUCAGAUGUUCUUGUUGGUGAGAUGAAUCAGAUGAGCUAUUUAGGGACUGAAAUGCAUUUAUUUCAAUGUCAUCUCACACUUAUAGAUCUUUUGUAAGCUUUUAUUUCAAUGUUCAGAUCUUACAUACAAGUGUAAGUGAUAAUAUUUGUAUCAUUAUUGCUCAGUGAUAAUAUUUGUAUCAUUAUAGCUUUAAAAAAAAGCACUUUUGAGCCAUAUCCUUCCAUUGGUUUUUAAAUCCUACCUAUUGACUCGAAGGAAUGUAUAGCAAGUUAAGGUCUUAAGUACCUGGUGUGCUUCUAACAUAGAGAUUUUGCCCAACCAGCUGUGGAACAUCAGCCAAAGGAAGGUGUUAGUAAAUCACAGCAGACUCCAUUCCUAUGUUGUACUGGAACAAACAGAGCGCCCUUAAAGGCAGAAGUACAUUUGCAAAUUGCCUGAAUGAUACUAAAAAUGUGUUAGCUUCUCAGAAGCAUCAAUUGCCAGAGACAGUAUAACAAAUGCAUUGAUUGCUACUUGAUCUAGAGUCAUGCUCACAGUGACCAGAAAAUCCCUGCAGCCUGCAAUAUUUGUAUGUUGAGACAGUUGAUAAUAAAAAGCCAAUAAGUUUUUAUUAGUAUGUAUUUUAAAGAGUCCAUAAAAAAGCUAAAGUACAAUCAAGUCAGAUGAAUAAAAAGUGCAUGUGAGCUGGAUUUUGAGUACUAACCUUAAAAAAGGCAGUGAAUUGUUUUUAUCAUCCAAAAAAAAUAGUACCUGUGCGAAUAUAUGCAAGCACAAAAAUGCCUUUUAUCUUCAAAAGGUUGUGCAAACAUUAAUUUGCUUGCAGUGGUAUGAUACAUCUACAUAAACAUAGAUGUAAAUAAUUACACGAGAAAAUUAGCAAAUACUUUGCACUGCCUCACUUAUCUUUCAGGAAAGUAUUUCAGUCUGGGGAUGUGAAAGGAGGCACUGCAGCUGACCUCAGUUCUUGCCACAGUGGGUGGGGAAAGGUUAAAUCUGAGAUAUUACAGAAGGAACCACUGGAGGUCAUCUAUUCCAACCCCCAUGCUCAAGCAGGGUCACCUAAAAACAGCUUCCAGGAGGGGCUGUGUUCAGAUUUCUGUUGAAUACCCUGCAGGAAUGGAGAUUUCUCAACCUCUCUGGGCAAUCUCUGCCAGUGCAAGGUCACCCUCACAGAGAAAGUGUUUCAUUCUUCUGUAGAAACAGUUCCUCAAAAUUUCUUCCUGGAUAUCUGAGUUACUAAAUUAUUGUCAUUAGUUUAAUGGCAAACAUUCAAAAGGUAACCAUCAUUUCAUCUAGAAAAACUCUCAGACACCAUCUCUAGGAUUUCACAGGUAUAAUAUGUUGGAAAGUUGAGAUUUGUCCUUCAAGCCUCAAAGUUGUUUUUUUUUAAAUCAUAGAAACUAAUGUCCUUAUCUUUUGAGGUCUUUUGCACAGUCCCUGGUCCCCAGUCAUGGGAUUUCUUUAUACUUCUGGAGUCUGAUGGAGAACAAAAGAUGUAUUAGAAAAUGCAGGGAGGGGAAUCACCCAGCAGCACAUGGGUAACUAUAAAUGCAUCUCCUGGCACUCUGUCACUGUCUCAGCAAACAAGCUCAGUGUGGGGAGAUCUCCUUUCCCUUUGUCACUCUGAAACUUUUUAGCAGUCCCAGAAAAGUGAUAGGAAGCAAAUCUCAUUUUGAGAUGCCUGGGACCUAUUUGGGAAACAGCCUUGUACAGCACUAUUAGUGUUCAAAGCAAAGUAAGGAGGUGUCUUUUGGAGCUCUGAAUCUACAAAAUUUGAGGUAGGGGCUGCAAUUGCACAAGCAAAUGUCUCAAAUGUAGACUAUUAACAUGUUUGUGGUCUGUUACAUGUUAUAAUAAUUAUAAAAAUUAUUGGGUACCAAUGCAGUGAUAAUUUUGGGUGGUUUUAACCAUCUGGCUAUUUUUUAUCCCUCUAACACCAUCUUCUUCAAUCUCCUGCAUUCACCUUCUCUCACAUCUUUUUGCAAUGUGGUGAUUUUUCCCAUCCCUCACCACCUUUUUCUCAGCCAUUCCCACUAGCUUUCUAUCUCAUUCUGCUUCCUUAUCACUUCCUAAGAUGCCCUUUAAUUUGCCAACCACCAAGUUAAUCCCCCUCUUUUCUCUCUCUGAUCUCAGUCAUGCCUUUUGUUCCCUAUUCAGUUCUCAGCUCACCUCCCUCAAGUUUAAAUUAUUAUUCCUGGUGCAGCUGACCGUAAUAAAGAGCUGAAAGUGGUGGAAAAGUCCUGCUCAGAUCCAGAUGGAUAAAGUGUAAGGAGACAUCAUCUGUUACAUUCAAAGUAUUCACUUCUGAGUCCAUGCAAGCAGCAGGUUUUCAGUUAUAGCUUGACUAAAUGGAAAGAGAUUUUUUCCCAUCUUCUUUCUCUCUAAUGUCUGGACCAGGAAAUUCCCUCUAAAGUAGCAGUGUAGAAAGGUGAUAAUCUUGAAAGUUUUGAAAUAAACUUUUGAAGUCUAUUUGAAUCCAAUUCUGAAGCUGGAUGAAUAAGACAUUAUAGACAAAGGAUCAGAAUUGGUACUCCCUGUCUACAAAGUAAAGCAGGCAGUGUCUAAGCACAGAAUUUCUCUGACCUUGCAGGAGCCAUCCAGCAUUCCCUACAUUCCCCAUGCUGGCUACACACCAAACUGAUGUGUGUAAUUAUGCUGUCCUGCUGUGUUUUACACUAUAAAGGAUGACAAGGACUAAAGGCACAUGCACAAACUUGAACAUGCACAUUUGAGCCUAGGAAGUGCCUGAGAAUAAUGAAAACUCAUCUGGGAAGAAAAGGCUUUAAAAAUAUCUAAAUUAGACUGCUUAGUGUUUACCAAAACUAUGGUGCUGUUAAGCCUUUGUUCUUCCCUAAUUAUAAUCCCACUGCUGCUGGGUAUUUCUACUAUUGCUCAUACACCCUUGUCAUAACUGGAGAAAAUGUACACCUGCAUGGAUUUACAAAAAAGGUUAUGUUGCCCCUCAGUCUUACUGACCUUACUGGACUGUUUUUUUUCAGCAGGGUUGACUUUACCAUAAUUAUUUACCAGGGUACUAUUCCACAGAAGCAAGGUCAGCAGAAUUUGGCCACCAUUCAAGGAAUUUCCCGAUAGAAUUGGUAUCAGAAGAUCAAUUAUUUCUGUUUAGUCUAUUUUCUUUAAUCUCUCAACAUAGACUAUUACAAGGAAGAUUGUAAUUUUUUUUAACUUGGGAGGAGUCUCUUGAUCAAUGUUAAGUAAGCCCACAGGGCAGAAUAUGAAUGUGUACGUACAAGUGAUAUAAUCUAGAAUUAACUUUGUACCUAUUAUGAAUGUUGGAUUAAUGCAGACAUACUUUUAUAAAUUUCACAGGUUGGAAUUAAUACAAGGGCUUAAUUUAAGAAAUUUAAUCAGAAUAAGGGCUGUGUAAAUGUAGUAUAUGCUUUCUCAUCUGCCUAAUCCAUUUGGUUAAAAAAAAAUAGGGUUUAUUUAAGCUUAUAUUAAGCUUGUUUAAGCUGCUUCUCUCUGAUUUAUUUUCCAGAAAGCCUUUGAAAAUGAAGUCUUGGUCUUUCUUUUUCUUUUAAAUGUGUGCUGCCUUUAAUGUUUAUGGAACACUUCUCAAGUGUUCAGACAGUGUAACACCACCUUGUCUGAUCACUCUUGGAUUAUUUGAUAGGAUUGAGUGGAACUUCAAAGCAUGAUCUUUGGAAGAAGGUCCUUUAGUGGCUGUUACUAUACAUGAUAUUAUAUAUAUAUUAUAUAUAGAGUGGCUGCCUUUACCAUGCAGUGCUGUAGGUGUGCAGUGUGAUGCUUUGAGGCACUAAUGUAAGAGAAUUUUUAUUUUUUCAGUCGUUUUGCAGAGACCUGUUAAUUUUCUCCCCUUGAGGCUGCACUCCCCCGACCAUGCUGGUGACAGAGCAAUAAUACCAAGUGCUCUUAGCACAGGUACGUGGCUUGCUGAGGGUUUCUCUCAGCUCUCAGUGCAUUUCCAGUUUUUAAUUAGUGUCCCUUGUAGCCCCACUUUGCUUUUGUGUAGCACAGUCCUGAUAGCAGUGUGAGUGACCCCAAGGAGAGGUGGACAGGGCUGACUUUUUGGUGAACUUGCUACGGAAGCUGCUGAUGCCCCUGUCCUUAAAAAAAGUAAAUAAAAUACUUGGCAAUGGCUUCCCAAACAUUUGGUGUUUUCAGCCUGUACACUGAGGAUUCUGAAAUAGUUUUGGAUGCUGCUUGGUUGUUGUUUUUUUAUGCAGUCUCAUUUCAUGUUCUCAGCAGCUGAAACAUCUUGUAGUGUUAGAGGGGAAAUAAGGAGAUCCUUAAUAUUUUAUACUUGGAGCAAAUAAGAUGAACACAAAUUCCCUGUGUUUUCCAUUUGCAGUUUACAUGAGUUAAUAUGCAGCAUACUCUUAUCACACAUACUGUGAUUUGGUAUUCUGAGACAAAUAGAAAAUGAAUGUGAUUCCCUGUCCAGAGGAACUAUAUCGAAUUCAGGGAAUGUUUCAUGUCCAAGCAUCUUAACUUCUUGCAUACAGGGUGAAUGCAAGUUCAUUAAGUUAAGGGACUUGAAACAGAUACUUUUGGGGGUUUUAGUAAGGUGUGGAAAAUAAUAUUCUUGUGUGUAAGGGCAGAUUUUAGCAUUUCUUUCAUAGCCAGGUUUGUAGGAAUGCAUUGUGUGUCCUCAUUGCUGUACCUGUGAGAUUAAUGCUCAAGUGCUGUUAUCAGUGUCUGUGCUGGUCUCAACACAAACUGCUAUUUUUUAGUCAGUAGCACCUUGCAGAGUUUACCCACUCAGAUGGAAUAUGCAAGUAUUUCUGCCUUUUGUAUGCAAAAGAGCAGCUGCCAAGUUGUGUUACCUUUAUCAAGCCUUGACACGGAAUUUGAGACGCCUGAGUGAUGACUCUGUCAUUCCAUCUACUUCUACAUUUUCACGUAGUAAAAUCACCUUGCCAAAAAAUGAUAGCUAGUCAAUGCAGAAUAUUAAGUAACUACUAUUUUUUUUUGACCAUGAAAUAAUAGAAAAUUGAUGCAGUGAUUUCUGGAAACCAAUAAAUAUCAUGUUAUGUGGAAAUGUGCAAUGAAAGGUUGAUUUUUAUAACACUUUAUAGAAUGUUGAGUCUGAAUAAAACAGCUUAUUUGCAAAAUUAGUUUACUUUGUAUCAAUUUGUAUUUUUAUAACAUAGUACAAUAAAAAGAGAACAUUAAUUCUGGCCAUUAAUGUAAGUAGAUAGUACAUACUUUGAUUAAGAAGCACAUUUUAUUUGUGCUCUGAAUAUGAUUUUUGGAGUUUGUGAGAGUGUUUGUACAGAAGGCACUGUGGGCUGGAAUUCAGUAAGAGGCAUUUUGUGAAAGCAGAGUUAGUUAGACAAUGUUUUCUUCCAUAGUUAUAUUGUUGUCAGAAAUUAAACUGGAAUAUGAAGAUGUUUGUAAUGUACAUUGCACUGAAUGGAUUGGAAUUAUAUUCAUUUGCUUUUU